AUGGAAGUGGAUAGAACGCUAAUGAAUGGUCAUGCUAGCACAAGUGCUCCAGUAAAAGAUGAGCGCAUGGAUGAUGGAGAAUGGAAUGGCGACGAAGGUCUAAGCGAAUUCUAUCGAAAUCAUCCAUGCGCACGCAAUGAGCCUUAUCCAUCCACUAGUCAAGAAGAAUUCAUCAGAGAAGAAGAUUGUUUCAAUCCCGAUGACUACGUUGAAGUCAAAAUAUCGAAAGGUCCCAAAACACCUUUCAUACCACCUUCGAAAAGGGACGAUGCUCCGCUUGCUUCUAUACUGAAUCCACAGUUGGAUAAUAUAGAUCCAAGGCGGUUUUUUACCGACUACGAGCACAAUGCGGUAGUUCGGUUCUCCCGCAUUUUUGCUGCAAAUAUCAAAUCAACUUCCAAAGCAGAAAUAUGGUGGCCCUCGAAAACUUUUCAUAAAAAGGUCAACGCUGAGAAGCCGCCUGUCAAAACGGAAAGGAAGAAGUUAGCACUCACUUUUGCUCCGGAUCCUCCUGUUGAGAUGCUGGCACCAGACGAGGAGGCUUUGAUGCUUUCUUCCAAAUCAAAGGUUUCUUCUCAAGCAAGCACAUCGCAUGCUAAUGACAAGCAAGCUGAGGACGCAAUGGCUCCAUGGAGGGCAGGACCAGCAAAAAUAUGGUAUGAUCGUGCUGGGGUACCUUCAACGGCGUCUACCUAUGACUACGGUCUGGUCAAAAGGAGAAGGGAAGAUGCAAGCACUCGAGAGCAAGCGCAAAAACUGCUGCCUGCUGAACUCAUCGAGUGGGAAGAUGAGAUUAUGAUUGAGAGCGACGAUUUUCGGGAGGAAGUUUUGGACGAGCUGAAGUAUGGAGUCGAGCCAGCUUGUGGCUGGGUACCAACUCAGUAUACGAGAACCUAUGAGCAGUACAUGUUGGCAGUGAAAAAUGACGCGUUUGAUCUGAUGUUUCAACCCGUCCAGAAGGGAAUAACGCCGUCACCCAUCACGUUAGCACCGCAUCCUGAUAUUGUCACCGAACCGAGUGCAUCGCACUCACUGUUUCCUCACGAUUUCGUUAGCCAGCUCGAUUAUCGGUGGGAGGACGAUGUGAUUUUGGACCCGAAGCAUGUGGAUAGGAUCACAGAACCAAAGGUACUCUCUUUGGACUACCUGGAUGAUCCGUUGAUUUAUGGAAUGCCGGAUGACCGACGAUCAGACGAUCCUAUGGACGCUCCGACGAAUAAGCCGUUUGACCGCAAGGAGCAUCAGUUCACGAAGAAGUCGAAGAUGAUUCUUGGGCAGGUGCAACAACGGCAGAAGCAGGAGGAAGAGGAGCAGAUGGAAACUUCUGUUGCGCAAAUGACUGACAAAGAUCCAUUCAACCUCAGUAAUGACGAUUACUAUCUGCCAAAGACUAUCAAUAAGUCUGGUCCCGCCGGUAACAGUAUGCUGAUACAGCAUUCGAUUCCUGCUCAGAACAUUCAUAGAACGUUCUUCCCUACAUUCUUGUUACCGUCGAAGUUGCGGCACUUCCACAGGCAACCUCUCUCUAAGCGUGUUAUUCGGCAGUUCAACGGAAGGUGGGUGGAGAUCAAGAAGCUGACCAAGUACAUAAAAAUGAAAGAGGAGCAACGAGAGAAACAACGAUGUGCUGAAGGCGGUGGCGAUAUCUUCUUCAUGCGUGAUGUAGCAGAUCUUAGUGGACGAGAUGGUGAUCUUGCGUUGUUGGAAUACUCCGAGGAACAUCCUCCGUUGUUGUGUCAGCCAGGAAUGGCAUCAAAAAUCAAGAACUUUUACAAAAAGAAGCCUGGAAAAGAUGUCGAUCCUGAUUUUGAGUAUGGUGACAUGGCCUACUUGCAUACCAUUCCCUUUCUUGGACAAUUGCAACCGGGUCAAGCAAUGCAAUCAGUUGAGAACAAUCUGUAUCGUGCUCCCAUAUAUCGACAUUCACCUCAACACAACGAUUAUUUGCUUAUUCGAAACCGCAGCGGGUGGUUCAUUCGGCCUUGCCCUCCUUUGUUUCUUGUGGGCCAGGAAUGUCCUCUCUAUGAAGUGCCGAGUCCGAAUUCCAAGCGAGCUACGAUCUUCGUCAGAGAUUUUCUUUUGGCGUUCAUCUAUCGCCUCUUCUGGGCUAGUGAGCAUAGACCUCGUCGUUUGAAAAUGGAUGAUAUCAAAGCAGCCUUUCCUCACUAUGCUGAAAGUAGCGUGCGAAAGCGAUUGAAACAAUGUUCGGACUUCAAACGAUUGGGCACAGGACCGGAUCAAAAUUACUGGGUGUUGCGGCCGGAGUUUCGGCUUCCUAGUAAAGAGGAGGUGUUGGCGAUGGUUACCCCUGAAAUGUGCUGUGCACAAUAUAGCAUGCUUGCGGCCGAGCAGAGGUUGAAGGAUGCGGGUUAUGGUGAAAAAUACUUCUUCACUCCUGAAAAUGAGGAUGAUUCUGAUGACCAAGUUACCAUCGAGGACGAGAUAAAAUGUGCUCCUUGGAAUACUACUCGUGCUUUUCUGUCAUCAAUGCGGGGAAAAUGUCUUUUGGAUCAAACGGGCAUUGCCGAUCCUACUGGUUGUGGCCAAGGUUUCAGUUACGUUCGUGUGUCACAGAAACCGCAAAAGGACGACACACCAGCAAUGCCAAAACGUUUGGUUACGGGUACAAAUGCCGAUCUCAGGAAAUUGCCGCUUAAAGAAGCCAAGGAGAUUUGUAGGGAUUACGGUGUGCGAGAAGAGGAAAUAAAUGCAUUGUCUCGAUGGGAGAUUAUCGAUGUUAUUCGAACAUUAUCCACGCAAGCAGCAAAAGCAAAAGCUGACUCUUCUGGGGACCAUACGAAUGUUUCUGGGAUGGCACGAUUUGCCAGGGGUAAUAUCCGUUUCAACUUCGCUGAUAUGCAGGAAAAGUACAAGAAGCAUUGCCAACAUAUAUUCGACUUGCAAAAUCAAACCCUAGCCAAUCCUGAAGCACUCUCAACUGACGAAGGUAGCUCGGGUGAAGAUUCUGACAAUGAGGAGUUGGCUACAAGGCUGGAAACGAUGCUCCAGGCUAACAAAGGGAAGAAGCAUAUUUCUAUGUCCGAAAGAGCCAGGAUGGAAUUCGAAAGCGAAGAGAAAGAGCGACAAGAUCUGAAAAGAAUGGUUCACGGCGACGCGCCUAUCAAGACUGAAAAGGACAAAAAGGAGGCUACUGCUGAAGAGAAGAAGAAUGUUUCAAAAAUUGGUGAGGAUUUGGCUGCAUCUGCAUCGAAGAUAUCUGGUAUCACUGCCAACCAGAAGCUAAAAAUCUACCGAACAAUGAAGAAUCCAGAUGGAACCGAAUCCACACGUGUUGAAGUAGUGACAAGACCACAGCUCAUUGAAGCAUACACUAGGAUAAGAAUGACAAAAGAUGAGAACUUCAUUGAGGUGUACGCACAGAUGGAUGAGCAGUUCAAAGAGGAGCGAAGGAAGCAGAAGCGACGGCUACAAGAUCAGUUGCGGAGAAUACGAAGAAACGAAGAGAAAGGAAAGACUGGGCAUCAGCAACAGCGCGUCGUCGAGAAAAAGCCUGUUCCUAUCAAGCCAAACCUGCAAAAAAUGCGUUGCUCUGCUUGUCAUGGCACUGGUCACAUGAAAACUAACAAGAAUUGCCCACUCUAUGGCAAGGAUCCAGCCAAGACACCGCUAAAGGAUGCUGGGUCUGGUACGUCGGAAGGUGAAGAAGAGUCCACUUCUCUCACUGGUGAGCUGGUGGCAGUGGAAGGCACAAAAGUGAAGAUUAGUCGAAAGGUUAUCAACAGUCAUGAGGGCAAAAAGAAGAAGCUUAAGAGCUCACUUCCUCGACAUUUGGCCGACGAGGCUCGAAAGCGAGGUGACGAAUCCAUAGGCUCAUCUGACGCUGGAGGCGCUUCGCCACCUAUGUUGAUAAAACAAGAGAAGGAAGGCGAAUUUGAUAGCGAUUACGAACAAAAUGUGACACCCGUUCGGCCGAGACUCAAUGCUGGCGCUGGAAUCUCAUCUUCGAAACGACGUAUAUCUAGUCUACCAGAAGAGGAUUAUCUUCAAGGCCCACAUAAGAGUGUGCAACGAAUUCGCGCUGAUCCGAAGGUCACUAUGGGCACAUUGCUGACCGAGAUUGUGAACGAGUUGAAGACUAUCCCCGGAUCAGAACAUCUCAUGUUUGCUGUAAAUGCCAAGAAGGUCAAGGAUUACUACGACAUCAUCAAAAAUCCAAUGGAUCUGCAAAAAAUCAAGUGUAAAAUUGCCGACAACAAAUACGAACUUCGUCAGGAGUUUUUAUUGGAUGUGAAACGUAUGCUUGAUAAUUCUCGGCUUUAUAACGGUGAUAACCAUGUGAUCACAGAUGCUGCAAAAAAGAUGUUUGAACUUGCAUCAAAGCGACUUGUGGAGAAAGAACAACAGCUAAUGAAACUUGAGAAAGCUAUCAACCCUCUUUUGGAUGAUAAUGAUCGGGUUGGAUUUGGCUUCGUUCUUGAGAAGAUAGUCCAGGCUUGCAAGAAUAUUCCAAAGUCUGUGCCAUUCCAUACAAGAGUAGAUGCGAAAAAGGUGCCAUUUUACUACCAAAAAAUCAGCAGACCCAUGGAUCUGGGGACAAUCGAACAGAACGUCAAAGCCCAUCAUUAUGUCACCGUCGAAGAGUUCAGAAAUGAUAUUCAUCAGAUCAUGAUCAAUUCGGAACAGUACAAUGGUCCCGCUGAAAAGUCAUCGUAUACUGCAAAAGCGACAGAAAUUGUUGCACUUGCUGAUAAGAUGUUGGCUGAGAAUUCUGUUCAGCUAUCCGAGCUAGAAGCUAAUAUCAAUGGAUUUGAUCUCAAUAUUGGUGAAGUUGAACCAGAAAUCGAGGACGCGAUGGCAAAUGAUGAAGAGAUGUCAGACGCCGAAGAGGGCGGCGUUUUGGUUGAUGAUCUUGCACUCAGUGGAAACGAGAUGGAGGAUGAGGAAAUGGACGAAUCCGCUUGGACAAGUGAAUUGCUGCAAUCUCGUAUGCAUUCAUCUGGUCAACUCAAUAACGAUCUAGCUCUGUCCGAUUCGGACGACGAAGAACGAGUCGAAGCGAUCAAGAGAGGUGACACUAGCGACAACCUCUUGGAUUCCUUCUAAUCCCAAUGCCUCACCCUCAUGUUCUACUGCCAAAGACGUGCAAUCAUAGAUUGCUCUCACAUCCCUCUAUCCAGCAAUCUUUCAUUUUCUACCUCAGCCUUAGAUUUGCUCAUAAUAAGAACCUCGUGUAAGAGGGCAAGAAGUUACUGUAUAUGAUCUUUCUGAUUGUCUUUUGAUUUCUAUAAUUCCUCAAAAUACCUAAUUUAGAACUCAAAUUUCUAAAGGGUUGUGCAUGAUGGACUUAUUAUCCAAAUUUUCCCUAUACAUAUAUCAAUUAGACGCACAUAUUGUGAAUAAGCAGGGCCCUAUUUAUAGAUUGUAGAAUGGGGCGUUUGAGGAGCAACUUUAUCCCGGUGGGUUCUCCUCAAAAUUACUAGUCUCAAAUAUCCUCUCUUAGGUUUAGUGUGUAUUUAAGGUAGUACGUGUGCGUUUUGCUGUUUUCUCUUUUUCUGUCUUUUUUCUCAUCUGAUCUGCUGAGCAUGGUUUUCUUGAUGAUCAUCUCCAAAAAUGUAUACUUGUUUAAGGGUUCUUAUGAUGUCGAUAUCUAUGAUUUCUGUAUUCUUUCUUCUUUGUUUGGCUCUUUCAUUUGUAUAAUUUUUGUUGUUUCCUUGUCGCAUUACGGACACACAUAUACAGAAGACUGAGAGAGUUAUAAAUUAUGAUUCUGU